UUUGGAAAAUCGUUUACAAACUACAAUGUUAAAUAUUGAUAUGUAUGCUGCUGUUCAGACUGCAAUUUCGCAAGAGAAUGAUAAAUCUCUGAAUGAAUUGAAAUUGCGUUUGAAUGAGGAAUAUUGUGGGGCGACUAAAAUGUCUAGAGAGGAAUUCUUAUCAUUGCUUUUGAAAGACGAAACAUCAUUGAGCAGAGAGUUCUCAGCAGAAAUUUACAUCCCCAAAAUCGUGCGUAAGCAACACGAGGACAAAGGAAAUGUAUGCAUGGCUUUAAGAUCAGAAGUAUCUGGCAACUGUCUCUACAGUUCAGUGUCAUUGCUUUUGGCAGGUGAUAACAGUUUAUUACAUAUUUUGAGGCAGUUAACAUCACUUGAGCUGUUUUUGAAUGCUACUUUUUACUGCCAACAUCCUUUAUUUUCCUCAAUUGUUGAACAGCAUAAAGAAUUCAACAACACCUCAAAGAAUAUUUUACCUUUGACAGUAUCUCAAGACUGUCUAGAUUCUGGUUUUGUAGGUGUUGAUCUUGUCAAAAGGAGGCCUUUUGAAUUGUCAUGA